AUGUUGCGAAGGUCGGUGGCGUCGUUGACUCGUUGUGGUUUCCCGCGGUCUAGAGCUGCUAUUGCGCCGUCAAACGUCGCCGUCAAAUACUUUUCACGUGCUUUUAGUAUUGCAGAUCAGAGUCAGCGUCAUGUGAUUGCUGCAUUGGUGGUGAACCAGCCUGGUUGUCUGGCCGAGAUUGCUAACCUCUUUGCCGCUCGAGGGUACAACAUUGACAGUCUAGUGGUGGGUCGCACAGAAGUCGAGGAGCUCUCCCGCAUGACGGUGGUCGUCAAUGGCACUGCUCAAAGUGUUUUGAACAUGAAGAAGCAGCUGGAAGAUGUCGUUUUCGUGGCUGUCGUCAACAUCCUCAGCAGCGGUAAAAAUGCUGAGAAGAAUUACGUCGAGCGCGAUCUGAUGCUGGCCAAGGUGUCGACGGCUGAGGUUGGAUCCCGUGCUGAGGUCGUGGAGCUGGCCAAUCUGUUCGACGCUAAGGUCAUUGACGUGCGGCCACAUCAAGUUAUGGUGCAACUGGCUGGAACUCCUGGUCGUAUUGAGGCCUUCUUGGAGCUGCUGAAGCCGUUGGGCAUCACGGAGAUCCAUCGCAGCGGUGUCAUUGCAAUGGCUCGCAGUACCCGCGUGACUGACAAACUGGGCGAUCUCUCGACAUUUGAGGGUGCUACACGCACACUGUUGGACGAGGCUGACGACGAAGAGAUUGACGUUUCUCGCCUCCCUCCUGGAUAA